UCUUCUCUCACAAGAAGUGAUCUGAUUAUGCUGUUAAUUAGUUGUUGCAGAUUACAAUUUGAAUGCAACCAGGAGAUCAAAGCCCUGCAAUGGCUUAUUACGUCCAAGGAGAAUCUUCCUCAAACUCUGAUUCAUCAACUCCAAAAUGGAAAUAUGGUGUUUUCUUGAGUUUUGCAGGAAAGGACACUCGCUUGAAUUUUACUCAUCAUUUGUACGCUGCUUUGACUUGGAAUGACGUUAUCACUUUUAGGGACGAUGAAGCAAUUGAGAGAGGCGAAGAUAUAUCACAAGAAUUGCUUCAAGCAAUUGAGGAUUAUUCUCUUGUUGCUAUUGUUAUUCUCUCUGAAAACUAUGCAAAUUCUACUUGGUAUUUCAAAAAUGGACAUUAUAACAGAGAUGGGAGGAGGAUGAUAGAAAGGUAGGUUGGAGGACAACAGAAAGAUGGGAGGAGAUCUAAAACUCACGGGAGAUCAGAGAGGAAGGUCUGUCACGGGAGAAGGGAGGAGGCAGUGCAUGGUUGGGGGGAGUCAAAGCCCGAAUGACUGAAACUUGUUGGGCUGGGGGGUACGCCUGGGAGGUAAAAUUUCUGACAUGCAAUAAAUGAAAUAAUGGCAAAAUUGAAUCUGAUAAGCUACUUUCCACAGCUUAUACUAAAACGUGAUUCUGGUAUAAAUAAUCGAUUAUGAAAAAGAGGGUGUUUGGGUUUUUUUUUUUUUUAAUCAAAAUCAUGAUUUUGGCUCUUAUAAUCGAUUCUUUCCUCUAUCCAAACAAGCAGUACGUUUAUAUAACUUAACACUCUCACACAGUGUGACUCGUUAGAUUGUGUUUUUUGAAAAAAAAGAAAAGAAAAUUGUUUUCCUGGUAUUAGUUCUCACUAGCUGUCAUCCUUGUCUUAAAUCACACAAAGCAAUGAGGCUGGUGUUCUGCAAUAGUUACAUCAUGAUUACCCUUUGUCCAGUACGAUGAGAGGAACCCAAAAAAAAAAAAAAAGAAAGGAAAAGAAAGAAAGAAAGAAAUGCAAGAGAGAAUUCAAUAGUUACAAGUGCUUUUAUUUAUUGAAUACAUAAAAUUAUAAUUA